UUAAUGGACGUGAGUACGAACGUGAAUUGAAUAGAACAAACGUAGAAAUUUGAAAGGCUGUGUUACAUUAAAAAUUUGUCUAAUAGCUUACAACGAAAAUGAGUGAACUUGUGUGGGGAAUAAAAAAUGGUGAUUUGGAGCAAGUGCGAGAUAUCGUUGAAAACAAGAAUAUUGAUGUUAAUCAAAUGAUUGAUGGAAGGACACCCCUACAUUAUGCAGCUGAUUAUGGUCAAAGUGAAGUAGUCAGAUAUCUUUUGGAAAAGGGUGCAAAUGCAAAUGCUACAGACAAGCAUGGAAUAACAACAUUAUUGGCAGCAAUUUGGGAAGGACAUACAAAUUGUGUAAAAUUACUAUUAGAAAAGGGAGCUAAACCAGAUGGAUUAACACCAGAUGGAACUAGUUAUUUGGAUGCUGCUGAAAAAGAUGAGAUCAAACAAUUGCUUAAAUUUCACUAGCACAAAGCCAAACAAAUCGUAAAGCAAUAAUUUUGUUAUUUUAGUAUUUUAAUGUUCCUCAUAGGAGUAUCACUAUUGCUUUCUCUUAAUUUUUUGCAUAUGACUAGACUAUCAUAUUUAUGCACUUUAAAUUAAAAACAAAAAAUAUAGGUACACAAAUGUAGUUUUAUAAUAAUAUAUUGCACUUGGAGCGUAUAAUCAUAAACAUAUUCUUAUAUGAUUACUCUUAGAGAUUUAAAGUAUAUAUAGUUUCAGCUUUAAAAUAGUAUAUUAUACAGAUUGUUUUAUAAACUAACAAUAGAAACAAAUUUAUUUUUAAAGCAUGUAACAUUAUAUAGCAAAAAAUAUUUUGAUACAUUUGUAAGAAGCAGCAUCGUGUUUUAAAUAUUUGUUAUUAAUUUACAAAUCAAAUUUUUUUUAUACAUUUUUUUACAACUACUUAUUAAAACAACUUUUUGUGAGAAAAAGUUGUAUGUAUUGAAAUGAAUGCUCGAGAUGAAAAAUAUAUUAUAUAAUUUAAUUGUGUUUCAAGAAAGACAUGUAUAAAUUAUAAAAAAAAAAAAUUAAAGAGCUAUCUUUAUGAUAUUAAUUACAUGUCUUAAGAAGUUUUAAAAGUGUAUAAUAAUCAAAAAUAAUAAGCCAAUGCAUCAUUGUUAUGUA